AUGAGAAAUUUUACGGAUGCAUACAGUAAAAUAGCGGAGGAGACUUUUGGAGAAUGCAUUUUGCUAAUAUUGAGAGACUUACCCCCUGAUUGGAACUUUCCAGCUGCUUACAUUACAAAAUGUAGCCGUUCAAGUCCAUCGUUCACUCAAUGUAUUUUGGACAAUAUUGAAAAAAUUCGGCCGUAUUUAGCUAAAGGUAUCCCAGAAAUGUCAGUUCCGCCCAUGGAACCCCUUGUCAUACCGAAAGCUCAGAUAAGAAACACGGUUUUUGAAGAUAUCGAACUCACAAAUGGCACCACCUUCCAAGUACAUAAUUUAAAUGUGACCAGUAAAUUUGACACCAUUGCAGCAGACAUAUCAUUAGAAAGAAUUGCCAUAAAAGCAAAAUAUCAUAUCAACGAGCACAUACUGGUCCUUCAACUCCGAGGGAAUGGCUCGUUUCAAGCAGUAGUUAAUAACCUUAAGGUUCAUGCAGUAUACGAUUUAGUACCUUAUCAGAGGAAAGGAAAGCAAUAUAUUGAACCAAAAAGGCACAAAAGCAUUCUGACUUACCAAGUGAGCGACGUUCAUUUUGACAAUUUAUUCCCCGAAAGAAGCGAACUAACUGUUUCUACAAAUAAAAUAAUCAACGAGAAUAUCGACACAAUUAUGGAAGAAUUUAAACCGGGAUUUGAUGAAACUGCUCUAACAAUUUUCCAGAUAUUAUUGGGAAGGAUUCUUCGAAGAUUUUCAGUGGACGAUUUACUAAGCGAAUAAUACCAUAAUACCUAAAUGUAUAAGUUAUUGUUUAAUAACAUUUGUAAUGUUACCAAUGCACUUGUUAUUAUAUUAUCUUAUUCAUAAUACG